CUGGGACCCCGCCCACACCGGAAGUAUCAGCCAGGUGCUGGUGGUCUUCAUCCUCUCCGCCGACGUGACCAUGAUGGUGGUCACGUGAUCACGAUGGUGGUCAUUUCUCCUCACAGCCGUCGGACGGAAGCACUUAUUAAUAUUCAUGUCAGCUUUUAGAGUCAAGAUGUUUGUGAAGAUGUGCUGAUACAUCAUGGCUGCCGCUUCCCGCCAUCUCAUCCUUUGAUGUGUGUGCUGCGCGGGACAAUAGGACGACAACAACAACAACAACAACAAGAAGAAACAGGACGCGGCUUCCUGCUGUCUGAGCUGCGGGGAUUGUGGACUUCUUUCCACUUCAUGAGGGACCUCGCUGCCUGCCUGCCUGCCUGCCGACUUUGUGGCUGAGGGCGAGCAUGGCCGCCUCUACUUCUCUUCCUACUUCUUCUCCUUCUGUUCCUUCUCCUGCUGCUCCUCAGUGGAAGGACUGGUUCGAACGCGAGGAGUUGAUCGGACACAUCAGCGACAUGCGGGUCCAGAACCUCCAAGUAGAGAGACAAACGGUUCAGAAGAGGACUUUUACUCGAUGGAUAAAUCUGCAUUUGAAAAAGUGUGACCAACCCAUUGAAGUCCAAGACCUUUUCCAAGAGAUCCAAGAUGGACGGAUUCUCAUGGCUCUUCUGGAAGAACUCUCUGGCUGCAAGCUGCUUCAUGGCUUCAAGAAGUCCUCUCAUCGUAUCUUCAGACUCAACAACAUUGCCAAAGUCUUGGCCUUCCUCGAAGAGAGAAAUGUGAAGCUUGUCAGUAUCGACGCUGCUGAUGUUGCUGAUGGAAACUCCUCCAUUAUACUGGGACUCAUUUGGAACAUCAUUCUCUUUUUCCAGAUAAAGGAGUUGACUGGCAACAUAAGGAGUCAGUUUCCGUCCACAUCCAGCCUGUCAUCCAUAGCUGGCAGCUCUGAUCCAGCUCCCCGCAACAUUCCACUGAGCGAGACAGCGAUGGUGGCCGCCAGCACAAGAGAAGACAGCAAGGCCAUUAAAAAGCUGUUGCAGUGGGUACAGAAGCGAACGCGCAGGUAUGGUGUGGCGGUUCAGGACUUUGGCAAGAGCUGGACAAACGGUCUUGCUUUUCUCGCUGUCAUCAAGUCUAUUGACCCCAGCCUGGUAGACAUGAGGAAGGCCUUGCUAAGGAACGCCAGAGAAAACCUUGAAGACGCUUUCAGGAUCGCUCACUACAGCUUGGGUAUCCCGCGCCUUCUUGAGCCUGAAGAUGUGACCAGCAAUGCACCAGAUGAACAGUCCAUCAUGACAUACGUGUCACAGUUCCUUGAGCACUUCCCGGGCACAGAGGAGCCAAAACAGGCUUACCCGCUGAUUGAAAGGAGCACCUCCAUGGGCCGACUCAACUUCCGUAACGCCGACCUGCACCACUUGGUGAAUAAUGCUCACUCUGGCCGAGUGAAGGACAGGUUCUUAAUGUUCCAGAAGGACUCUGCACAACCUCCAUCCAAAAUCUUGUGUUCGUCCAUGUCAGAGGACAGAGGGGGCAUGUCACCAGCUAUUAAACCAGCCAUGUCUCGCACUUGGUUUAGUGAAGACUUCUUGGCUGAUUCCCCCUUCACAAAAGACAGUUUGAGCAGCGUGGAAGAAAACCUGAAAGAACCGACAGAAGAUGUCUCAACCAGCUCCAUGGAGGACUCCCAGCUGAAUGAUCCUCACUCUCCCAUUGACUCGACAUUACCUGAGUUAGUGACAACUGAAUCCGUCAUGGGCGAUUCAGCUAUUAACUCUCCAGAUUCCUGGGUGGAGAGCGAGGAAUGUGCUGUUCCUGUGAAGAGCCAGAGUGACAGUUUACUGUAUGAUUGCACGACACCUUGGGAUGUUUACCGUGCUAUUCCCGUGAAAAUUACGACCGUUGAUGGAGGUUUUGUCCACCUUGCGGAGAAAGUGCUAGAUGACCAGUCAAUGGCUGAGUCAUUUAUUGAUGAAGGAGUCUUUUCACUCAACUCCUUAAGUAGUAUGCAAGACGAAAUUCUAGGCACCAGAGAGAAAAAGGUGCUGGACAAUGACAUGGUCAAAGAAAAGAAUGAGGUAAAUCUCGAGAGCCAUAAAGACUUUUCACCGAAACCGUUGAAAGAACUUGAAUUGGACAACGAGCGUGAGAAAACAGAUUGUCAUUAUCAACAAAUUGAUGCAAGUUAUUGUCAAAAAGAAGAAAUAUCCAUAGAAGAAUCUCCUUUUGAAAAAUCAUCAUCCUUUGGAGGUGGUAAUCAGCCGGAAAGUGAUGAUUCUAACCAAUUCCAAAACUUGUCUAAACCUGAACCCCAAUCAUCAUCCGUCCAAAAACCUGGGGAGAAGUACGGAGUUACGCCAAGCUGUUCUAGAGAAGACAAGUGUUUAGAGCAACCUACGGAUCCUUUAUUGUUGGUUGAUAAAGGACCAUUUAAUGACCAGACAAAUAGACUUCAAGGUGAAAAUGUUGGUAAAGGACUUCAAAUGGAAAAUGAAUGCCAUAAAACGCACAAUUCUCAACAAAUCGAUGAAAUUUAUUUUCUUAAAGAUGAAGAGUCCUUAAAGGAAGACGCAGGCCUUGUAAAACUGUCGUCCUUCGGAGACGACGUUUUACUGGAAAGAGAUGAACCUCAAGCAUAUUCUGACCAAGAAUUCAAAGGGCAGUAUAUUGCUCCACCAAGCUCUUACGGAGAGAGUUUGAAGCAAGCGGUGGACACCUGCCAAGUUAUUGAAGGAGAGUUUGAUUGUGAAAACAAUCAUGAAGAAGUACUUCCGUUCAAAGAUGAAUGUAAGAACACAGAAAGCUUGUUACAGGACAGAGGAGCUGAGGCAGAUGGAGUUGUACUUGAAGGGACGGAAGCCGCCACAGUAACGCAAAAUGAAGCCAUCGACGGGGCCAGAAGAUGCUGCCCAGAUCUUCCAACAGACUUGAGCUCUGAGAACCAAUAUGAAAUCUCACAAAUAAGUUCAAAGCAAUAUGCAAGAACUGAUACUAGGAGUCAAACACCUGGACAGGACAGGACAACAAGACCGUCAGAUGAGCGUCUACUCCCAGCUGAGAAAGCUCCUGUGUGUUGUGAAGCACCUGAGACCUCCAGGAAAACGGAGGAAGAGCUUGGCAGGUGCACAUCAACAGAAGACAUAGCUUGUGACUUCAACGAGCCGAUGGAUCUGUUUUACCCGUACAAAGAGGAAAACGUAUUCACAGAGCCGCUCGAUAACGAAAUGCAGAGCUGGCCGUCUGUCUUGACUGUCUCUGCCUUGGAGCCAGCUCCAGCUUCCAAGAUGCCGCCAGAAGACCAACCCCUUUGUGCCAUGGAGGAUAACUUCCUUGUGGAUUUGCUACAUAACGAUAAUAAGGCGGAGAAAGACAGCACGUCUGCACCCGGAGAACCACGCCAGCUUCCUGGACUCAUGGGAGCUUUUCCAAUUACCUACAGCGAUGGAAGCCAAGACUCUUUCAAGGAAAUCACAGAGUCUGGGAGUUUCCCUUCCAGCCAUGACAGUCCAAGUCAGGAAGAGGAAGUCCUGGUCCCUCCAGUCCUCCGUCACAGGAAGGGUCUUCACCUGUGUCAGCCCACGUCGCAGGACAAUGGCGUCAACAGGACUACAAAACAGAACAUGGACAACUUAGAACCUUGCUGGAGCGACAGCUGGGAGCCGUACCUUCUGUUAGUGGCGUGGAUUGUGCUGUUCUGCGUGAUGCUGCUGCCUCAGAUGGACGUCAAGAUUUGAGCCGUGAAGACACACACUUUCAUAAACUAUUAUUAACUAUUAGUCACAUUUUAUGCAAGUAUUUACUCACACAAACACACACAACCUUUGACCGAGUCAAGACAAUUGGCAAGCUUUUAUUGUUUAUUGUGAUGAAUAUAAUUAUGGGUAAUAUUAUUCUAAUUAUGGUUUUCUGUUUGACCAAGUAAAGCGUUGUGCAGAUGAUAGGGAAACUCCUGUUGCAAAAUCAUUUCUCAGGUUUCUGCUCUAUUUCUAGGAAAGUAGUUGAGUAGUACUAGAUUAAGUAGUAGUAGUAGUAGUUUAAAAAUAAAAAGAAUGACAUUUUGGAGAUGGAAAUAUGUGUAUGUAGGAGAAAAGAGAAGUGUUUACAAAGUUUCACAUUUGGAGCGCAUGCUAGUAUGGCUUUGCUAUUUUUACAAAUAUUACUCUUGUUGUGAUGAUAAACAAACAUUUUAUAUUUGAUAAUACAAAUAUCUCAUGGCAGAAAGUCAAGAAGCCUCCAAGAAAGAUUGCUGCAGGAUUCUUUUCUCCCGCGUGGAGAAAGUCAUGCACUCAGGGCUCCGAGCAGUCAGUCAGUCGCCUUCUUCCGCACCAAACUCCUCCGAGCAGGCCUUGAUAGUUACGACACACACUCAACAUAUUUUACUACAAGAUGGGAUCUUACAGUUAUAUUGUAAAUAUGGCAGACAUUCUUCAACAUCCCAACCUUUCAAUGAGUGGAAAACUCCUCAGAUAAAUAGUAAAAUAGAAUGUUUGCAAUAUUAUUUAUCCUCAAAACACAAUAGUUAUAAUUUAGCCUUAGGAAAAUAACAAUUCAAAUAAUUUAUCCUAAUUGUUUUAUCUUUAAAGUAAUAAUAGUUAUAAUAUAUCCUAAAAAAAAAAAUAAUAAUAAUGUAUCCUGAAAUAAAUCAUUAUAAUUUAUUCUUAGCUAAAUAGCAAUUAACAUAAUUUAUUCUAAGACAAAUAAUUCAAAUAACAUAUCCUUGGAUAGAAAAUAAUGAUUCAUUCCCAUAUAAAUAAUAACAAAAAUGAUCGUCAAAAUAAUAAUAAAAAUGCUUCGGAUAAAAAUAUUUACAAUAAUUUUCCCAGAGAAAUAAUAAGUAAAAUAAUUUAUCCUCAGAUAAAUAACAUGAGAAAUAUAUUAUUUUCAGUUAAAUACUGAUAUUUUAAAAAAUAAUAAUUUUAGCCCUGCAUUAAAAAUAAUAUUGUCAUAUUUUAUCCUCAGAUGGUCCGAAUACUUUUGUUCCUCGACUGUAAUGUAAGUUGUAAAUAAAGAGCUCAGUCAGUCACACUGGACACACAACACCUGAAAUACUGCAAAACACACAUCAUUAACAUCAUUUUUUAAAACGGUUUGAUGCACAAUUUCUGAUUGGCUCAAAACAAAUAUUGGCCACACCCAUGCAGGAAGUGAACCUGGCCUCCUGAUUGGCUCAGACAGAUAUUGGCCACACCCAUGCGGGAUGUGAACCUGGCCUCCUGAUUGGCUCAAUACAAAUAUUGGCCACACCCAUGCAGGAAGUGAACCUGGCCUCCUGAUUGGCUCAAAACAAAUAUUGGCCACACCCAUGCAGGAUGUGAACCUGCCCUCCUGAUUGGCUCAGACAGAUAUUGGCCACACCCAUGCAGGAAGUGAACCUGCCCUCCUGAUUGGUUCAGACAGAUAUUGGCCACACCCAUGCGGGAUGUGAACCUGGCCUCCUGAUUGGCUCAGACAGAUAUUGGCCACACCCAAGAUAUUCAAAGAAGACAUUUUUGUUAGGUUAGCAAAAUAUCUUAGAAGACAUUCCGAUGACAUCAAAAGAGAACAAGGAAGCACUUUCCAGUCAAUAUUUCCCCUGUCGGAACCUACGCCGACUGCUAGCUUUACCACCAGAAAGAAUGUUUUCAUCAACUUUUCUGUGAAGACUUUCAGUAGGUUUGCUGCUCUUUCUGUCGACUUCUUCAGCAAAGUGGCUUCCACCUUUAAUGUUGCAGUUCUCUCAUAACUUAUUCUUACUUUAAUCAUCAAAACAAAUGUACUUUCUUUUUCAUCCCAAUUAUACAUGGAUUCUUUUCCAAGGAAGGUCGUGCACAUGGCAGAUGAUUGUAUAGUAAUCCUUGAUUGUACAUACACAUACUCAUAAUAUAUAUUUGUACAUAUAGCGGGGGGGGGGGGGGUACACGUUGAAUGAUGAUCCCUACAAAGAUCUGAAAAAUUCUUAAUUUUAUGGUACAGUAGGUAUGGUUGCUGCGUGUGACUAAAACAUUAAGGAGUGGGACUAUUCAGGCCUGGCUGCAGUGUGCUCAAACAACCACCAGGUGGCGUCAGUGUCAGAUAGCACUGUAUUAUCUUAUCUUAUCUUAUCUUUUUCACGUCACUCACACUUUAAGUGAGGGUUGAGGCAAAAACCAACCCAGACCCACCAUAGCUUAGCACUUAUUUUACACAUCAAAUACAAAUGCAUUUAUUAACUUCAUUUUUUUAUGCAAACAUUCUUUGUCAAUUACCGUAUUUUCCAGGCUAUAGAGCACAUUUUUGUAUGUAUAUUAGCCCCACUAGACUAUAAACAUACUUGCCAAGCCUCCCGGAUUUUCGGGAGACUCCCAAAAUUCAGCGCCUCUCCCGAAAACCUCCCAGGACAAAUUUUCUCUCGAAAUUCAGGCGGAGCUGGAGGCCACGCCCCCUCCAGCUCCAUGCGGACCUGAGUGAAGACAGCCUGUUUUCACGUCCGCUUUCCCACAAUAUAAACAGCGUGUCUGCCCAGUGACGUUAUAACUGUAGAACGAUGGAGGGCGAGUUCUUGGUUUCUUAUGUGAGUUUUUUGUCGGGCAGUUUCAUUAACGUCCUCCCAGCGCGGUAACAACACACAACAACAGCAGUCACGUUUUCGUCUACCGUAAAGCAGUUCGUCUGCCGUAAACAGCAAUGUUGUGACACUCUUAAAGAGGACAAUACUGCCAUCUACUGUACAUGCAUAUGUGACAAUAACAUCUACAGCAGGGGUCAGCAAACUUUUCGAAACCAAGAGCUACUUCUUGGGUACUAAUUAAUGCGAAGGGCUACCAGUUUGAUACACAUUUAAAUAAAUUGCCAGAAAUAGCCAAUUUGCUCAAUUUACCUUUAACUCUGUUAUUAUUAAUAAUUAAUGAUAUUUAUCUUUGUGGAAACACUGAUUAUCUUAAUGAUUUCUCACAAUAAAUAUAUAUUUUUUAUGUCAUGUUUUAAGUAGGUUUAAAUCCAAUCUGCACUUUUCCAGCUGUAAAUAUACUCCUCCCCUCUUAACCACGCCCCCCGCCCCACCCCCCACCUCCCGAAAUCGGAGUUCUCAAGGUUGGCAAGUAUGACUAUAAGCCGCUGAUAUAUGGAAUUUUAAUUAACAUUUACACACCUUGAUUGUUUCCAAACAGUGCCUGUCACACGGCAGUAAAACAGCCGAUCAAACAAAACAGAAGUCAUCGUCAUGGCGCCACUAGCUGCAGAAGCUAGCUCUCCAAUCAGCUAAAGAGACCUAAACAACAAUACAAACAGAAUGCCACUUUAAGCUAAUAAUACAGCAACCCCAAACAGGACAAGCUGUAGAAAAUGGAUGGAUGGAAUACUAACCUGUUAGAAUAUUCGCUCAUGCUAACGACGCUAGCUUGAUUACAUUAAGAUAGCACGUACAAAUGAGCAUGAAAACAGACUUCACACAUGGGACACUUUGGUAAGUAUGAAUAGUUUAAAAGUUGUAAAAAUUCCAAGCGUUGCUCGGAGUGAUGAAGGAAGAAUGCUUUCCAGCAGAAAUGCUGUGGGCGGUUUUACUUUCGUUCAAAGGCAUGAAACAGGAACUACAUUUUCUACCUUCAGCACCUGCAGUGAGUAAACCCGUCCAACAUGUGGCGCCAUCGCACAAAGAAUGACACACCUUUUUAGCGUCUCUCUGGGUGUGAUAUGUCCAACAUGUGGCGCCAUAGCACAAAAAAUGACACACCUUUUUAGCGUCUCUCUGGGUGUAAUAUGAAAACAGUUUGGCAAAUACAAAACAUCAGCGUAGAUAAAUCCAUAAAUAAGCCCCACCGUUUUAUAAGCUGCGGGGUUCAAAGCGUUGGAAAAAAGUAGCGGUUUAUAGCCUGGAAAAUGAGAUAAUGCAUCAAAAUGGGGUCUUCUUCCAUAGUUACUAAAGCUGUGCUGCAGUAUUUAGGUCGUGACAGUUCUAAGGAUGUGUUGUUGCCACUUUGAAAAGCCAUUUAACAGUUGAGAUUCUUUGAAAUGUGUCAAAUCUGCUGAUGUACAAUUUGAUUUAGUUUGACAUGAUUGUGGAAUGAAGACACGCUUGAGAUUUGUGCUGCCGGCCCAUGGAAAUAUUUGUCAGUGUCUUCUUUUUGUGGCAUUGACGUGAUUGUAUUGCUGCUCGCUAUGUCGGCUUCUACUCGCUAAAUAAAAGCUUUUCACCCCCAA